AUGUCAUUCACCCUGGGCUCCAUCUUAAACUCUCAAAUAUCGCUCGUCCAAGAAGCGUCCGAAGCGCUCCCGCACCAGUUCUCGCAGUGCACGUACUCCCUGGGACCCCGCCGCCAAGCAGUCUACCUAUGCAAGACCUGCGGGGAGACGCGUGGCAUAUGUUCAGCAUGCUCUAUCGCUUGCCAUACUGAUCACGAGCAGGUCGAGCUUUUUCCGAAGCGCAACUUCCGCUGCGACUGCCCCACGAGCGCGUUCGCAUUGCAGUGUACACUGCACAGGACGCUCGAGCCGGAGAACGGCAAGAACGUGUAUGGCCAGAAUUUUCUUGGAAAGUUUUGCAGGUGUGGCAGGGAGUAUGACGCACAGCAAGAACGGGAGACGAUGAUACAGUGUCUUGCCUGUGAGGAUUGGUUCCACGAGUCAUGUCUGAACCUCCGUGAACGUCCUCCAUCUCGCGAUCCUUCCCCUGAACCAACGCAAGAGUCACCUGAUGAGGACGAUGCAGCUUCCGAGGCAUCAUCCUCUGGGCUUCCGCCGCCACUUAUCAGUGCUUCAGACUAUGACUCUUUUGUGUGCGGUGCUUGUGUUCACAAAAUUGACACCCUCAAGCGCUACGCGGGCACGAGCAAGGUACUUAUGGUUGUCCGGGACAGCCCCAGCGACAAAUGGAGAAUUAUAGGCGACGAGGACGCAGGAUCCAGUACGGUGGAAGUUGACAUUGCUGAGCCUGGAUCAAGUGCAGGUGAGAAGCGAGCACACUCGCCCACAAAACCAGACGCCCCCGACGCGAAGCGAGCACGACUGUCCCCUGUCCCCUUGUCCUCUCAACCGUGUCUUGCUCCGGCAAUGAAUCCGCGUGCACAGGAACUGCUCUCAUCUCAAGAAUCAAGAGACGAUGAAGGUCUCCAAGCGUUCAGUCCCCUUGGGUGCGGAGACGUUUUUCUGACUGAGGGUUGGCGCGAACGGUGGUGUCGAUGUGAUGCUUGUCUUCCUUCGCUUCGCGCACAUCAAUAUUUACUGGAAGAAGAGGAAACAUACGAGCCACCAGAAGAUCCUGACUCAGGAUUAUCGCUGGAAGAACUUGGAUUGCGUGCUUUGCAGCGUCUUCCUCGUGAUCGGGCAAUAGACGGCAUACGCGCUUUCAAUGAGAUGCGUGAUGACCUCAUGAACCACCUCCGACCUUUCGCGCAAGAAGGCAAGGUAGUCACAGAACGGGAUAUACGGGCAUUCUUCGACUCCCGCACAGAGCCGUCGAAGUGA